AUGUAUCUCCGAGGCCUUCUUACACUUCGAAGAUUCCGAAAAGCUGUAAAGCGUUUGAUUUUCGCGUUAACUGUGUGCUCGAUCUCGUUUAUUCUACUCUCCAGUAAAUUUUGGCGAAGACAUAGCGACAAUACUGUUAAGGAAUUCUCCGCGUUUCCAGGGAUGAUCAGUGGCGCUGGCCAACAGGAUCUCUGUUCUUGCGACGAGAAUACUGUUGCAGUACGUGUGUCAAACGCAGUUCUUAAUGUUCACGUUUGGCGAAUGCAAUGCGGUUCAAACGUAACAUAUUUAAAAAAGUCACCGUUCUUUCCAAAAUAUCCUGAUCAGCAGAAGUUCGUCAACGACUUUCACAUUGAAGACGACAGCGUGGACUACGGUCAGAAAAUCUUUGGAUAUUUACAUCCACAAAGUAAUGGUUUGUAUCGUUUUGCGAUCGCCUCUGACGACACCUCGGAGUUAUGGAUAAGUACAGACGAAUAUCCCGAAAAUAAACAACUAGUUGCCCGUGUGUUUAGUGAAAAAGAAAUAGCUUGGACGGGUAAGGACGAGUUAGAUAAAUAUCCUGAACAGAAAACCAAAAAGCCACUCUAUCUUCAAGCUAAUACGAAAUACUACGUCGAGGUUUUACACCAACAAGGCAUAGGCAAAGGGUUCGUGCGUGUAUUUUGGACUAUAUCUGACAAAGAUGAAGAUUUUAGACUCAUCACUUCAGAAUAUCUCUCGCCAUUUUUGCAGAAUACAACGCAUAUAACUAAGAAAAAAGUAACACUCCACAAUGUGCUUUCGCAGCAAUAUCAGCAAGAGUUUCAAAAACAAUCCGACCGAAUCAGCAGCAAAUUUGUCAAGUUUUAUUCUCUGCCUUUCAUUUCGAAAGCUAAUUUUCUAACUUCCUGCGAUUACAAUAGUAGUUUUAUACCAAGAACUAAAGUUCAUCGCUAUAAAGGCGUGACAAUGGUGUUUGAAUCCAGUGUUUUCCCACCAGACGAUACGCAGAUGUCAAACGCCCCCGAAUUGGGGAGGUGGGGCAGUCCAAAUCGAGUCGCCGACAGCGAGGUAAUUCGGUCAGUCGUGCAUAGCCUGGUUGCUGCACUUCGUCUCAGUUCCUCAAAGUAAGUUAAAUGAAAAUUUCGUUUAAUGUUUUAAGAUAUACCGUAUUUCCUCUGAUAAGCGCCCAUGCUCUAACAAGCGCUCUCCCCCGAAUAAGCGCCCACUCUGUAGCCAAAACACAGUAAAUUCGGGUACUACUCGGUGUAAGACUGCCCACCGCCCAGCACAUGAGACCGCGGAGUUGGUAUGUGUUCUUCAGUGCUAUUAAAGCCUACCGCUGCGGCUUAAAUUUAUUUAUUUCGGUGGAGACGCUUCAUUUUCAAGGUGCUAGCCGGUAUUGCUGCAAAAACCAGUCUGCCAACACUGAUGGGGGAACUCCACCACGCGACGCACAAAAAGAGAUAAGAAAAAAGCGUUCAGUCGGACAUUUUAAGCUGACAGCGAAGCUAAAAGGCACGAAGAAAAUGAACAAGAAUGUUUACUCAUUGCCCUUGCAUGUGUGCACUAGGCCUUUUCAUAUCUAGACGUUGUCGCAUGACAGUAGACAGAUGAAGCAAAUUCAACGCUACGAUUAUCUCGUACCCAGAUCUCUUGUUGACGAGAGAUCUGGGUACGAAAUUAACUCGACGACGGUAACGAUGGCGCGUGCAGUUCAAAAUCCUUAUCAAACAGUGGCAGAGCGGCAAAUUGAGCACCAGAAGUCACGUCGACUCCUUUCUGCGACAAUAAUCUCGUAUCCCAGAUCUCUUGUUGACAAGCCGAAGGUGCGAACUGGUCAAAUCCGAUUUGUGUACGUGAUUGCCUGCCAGAAAUGCAACAGGCGAUGAAAGAGCACAUGCUUGAAAUAAAUCAUAAAAAAACAGGCCCCAAUUUUUCCAAUCCCCUGACACUUCAUUCAUUGCAACGGCUGCAUGCCUUUUUCGCUUGCGAUCAUAAUGCCUGUGGUAACACAAGGCAAUAGCAUGUUUUCCUUGACAAGUAUUCUGCGCCGAAGUAACAACAAUUCUUACAUCGACGCCCGGGGGAGGAACUCCGCAUAUGAAAGGGGUGGGGAUGCUCUUCGUCUCGCUUAAGGGUGUAAAUUUCGGAUUUUGGUCUGAGUUGGGGUGUUCUGGGCAAAACGCCAUCAUAUUUCGUUUAGGGUUGCACUUGAAAAAAUAUAAAAAAAUCCAUAUUGUCUGUGUUUUAACAUGGUCUCUUUUAGGGGUCAAAAAAACUUGGGUCACGCCCAGAUCGGUCUCCUUAAGGGAUUUAAUUCAAAAUUUCCGACGAGCAUCCCCACCCCUUUCAUAUGAGGAGUCCCCCCCGGGCAUCGAUGCUUGAUUGAUGAUCCCUAUGUUUACAAAUUCUUCUAGCGUUUUUUUCACCUUUUCUUUUUCUUUCAGGAACUACAUUUUGAAGAGAAUUCACAAAGUUCUACAAAAACUAGAUCCGGUUUAUGGGGACCGUUAUU